AUGCAGGUAGCAAGCAACAAGGUAAAUCACACUGCUCAUGGAGUUCAAAGCAGCAUUUCUCAAACCACUGAUGAAAGAAGCAUCCAUGAAAGUAGAGAAGCUUCCUACUACAGUUCCUCCAUUUACUACGGAGGCCAGCAACACUAUUCACCUCCACGAACCGAUGGCAUCUCCACUUCUCCAUCUCAUCACAACAAAGAAACUGAUGACACAAACGCUACUUCCAGGGGAAAUUGGUGGAAAGGUCUUUACCUUUAUCUAUACCUUAAUUACCUAUAG